UGUCCCUCUUUAUAAAAUUUGUAGCUUUCUCUGUCUAAAAGUUUCCGGUUUUCUUCGUACAGAUAGAGAGAGAGAGAGAGAGAGGAGGAAAAAUGUCGGACCCGGCGAUCAAACUGUUCGGGAAGACGAUUCCGUUGCCGGAGAUGGAUGCUUCGCCGUCUGGCGCGGCUUCUAGCUCCGGCGGAGAAGUAGUCGACCAACGAGAUCAGGAUCCUGCUCCGUCGCCAGAUUCGUCUCUCGGGGAAGACAACACAAGGGAGGACAGCGGCGGCGGCGGAGGAGGAGGUGAAGAAGGUGGUUGCGGCGGCGAGGAGACAGAGAGUGAAAAGGAAAUUCAGGAGGAAAACGUUAAUGACUGCGGAGAAGAGCAUGGUGGAGAGUCAUCCUCUAUCCAGGAAUCUGGUGUGGCUUCUAGUCCGUCGGACAAAGUGGAGACGCCAAAACCUGACGCUGCAAAGACAGAGGAAGAGACGGACGCUUCUUCUCAGGAGACAAAGCUAAAGAAACCCGACAAGAUUCUGCCUUGCCCACGUUGUAACAGCAUGGACACCAAGUUCUGUUACUACAACAAUUACAACGUGAACCAGCCCCGCCACUUCUGUAAGAACUGCCAGAGAUAUUGGACGGCUGGUGGGACGAUGAGGAACGUUCCUGUAGGAGCAGGGCGCCGUAAGAACAAGAACUCGGCUUCUCAUCUUAACCGCCAUGUAAACAUAUCCGCUGCUGAAGCCAUGCAGAAGCCAAGAACGGAUCUUCACCAUCCAAACGGUACCAACCUCAUCACGUUUGGCUCGGAUCAGCUCCUCUGUGAGUCCAUGGCUUCUGGUUUGAACCUUGCUGAUAAAGCAAAGCUAAAGACUAGAAACGGGUUCUGUGAACCGACUGAAGGCUUGAAGAUUCAGAUCCCUUACGAAAAUAACGGGGAUACUUCUUCAAACCCGCCAAGCAUUGAGGCGGGAGUGAACAGCUCAACGCCAAAAGCUCCAUGCUUUCCAGGACCUCAAGCAUGGCCUUACGUGUGGAACGGAGCUCCGUGGACGGUUUUACCAUUUUACCCUCCACCCGUGUACCUGAGCUAUCCAGGGGUUCCACCGGCCACAUGGAACGGCUUUCCUUGGAUGGUUCAGCCAAAUUCACCAUCUGGGUCCGGUCCAAAUUCUCCAACAUUAGGUAAACAUUCGCGAGACGAGAACAUGGCCGGGCCAGGAACCAGUUCAAAAGAAACCGAGCCAUCAUCCAAAGAGAAGAGCGACCCCGAGAGAUCAUUGUGGGUUCCCAAAACGCUGAGGAUGGACGAUCCAGAGGAAGCUGCCAAGAGCUCCAUCUGGAAAACGCUAGGGAUCAUGAACGGCGAAAGGCCGGAAACUUUCAGGGCUUUCAGAUCAAACAAAGGAAAAGGUGCCAUUGCAAAGGAAAACCCUUCACCGCCUCGGGUGUCUGCCUUGCAAGCAAACCCCGCGGCGAUGUCAAGGUCGGUGAACUUCCACGAGAGGUCGUAGCUCGGAGAAAGGCUGAUUUGAUUGUUUUGUGGGUCUCUUGUACAUAUAUGGUUAGUUACACACACACAUAUAUAUAUAUGUAUAUAUGUAUGUGCAGUAUGUGUGUGCAUACAUAUAUAUUCAUAUUAUAUACAUAUAUGGUUUGACAUAGAGAGAGUUUUUUGCUUUGCAGAGUGAGAGUUUGUUGUACCAUAAGGGAAACCCCACCAAAAAAAAGAAAAAUUGUAGUAAAACAAAUAUUUGGGGAGGCCUAACAAGAUCCAAGACUGAUGAAUACACUGUGUUCUUAGGGUUUCGGA